AUGUGGGCUCAUGGAAUCUUUCUCAUUUUUUGUACUUUGCAUCUCUUGUUAGGACGUUCAUGCUGUGAAACAGAUAGUCUGCUUCAGGGACAGUACUUGAAAGAUGGGCAAGAGCUCGUUUCAUCUUUCAAUAUCUUCAAGCUCAAGUUUUUCAACUUCAAGAACUCGAGCAACCGGUAUCUUGGGAUUUGGUACAACAAUUUGUAUCUUCAUGAUAUCCAGGACAGAGCUGUCUGGAUUGCUAACCGUAACAACCCAAUUCCGGGACGCUCUGGGAGCCUCACAGUUGACUCUCUUGGCAGAUUGAAGAUUAUGAAUGGAGCAUCAAGCCUGCUUGAGCUAAGCUCUACGGAAACAACUCGAAACACCACCCUCAAGCUGUUGGAUUCCGGUAAUCUUCAGCUCCAGGAGAUGGAUCCUGAUGGAUCGGUGAGGCGGGUUCUGUGGCAAAGUUUUGAUUAUCCGACUGAUACCCUUCUUCCUGGGAUGAAACUCGGGUUCAAUGUCAAGACCGGGAAGAGAUGGGAGCUGACUUCAUGGCUAGGUGAUACGUUACCUGCUUCUGGAUCUUUUGUCUUUGGGAUGGAUGCUAAGAUUAGAAACAUGUUGACCAUCUUGUGGCGUGGAGACAUGUAUUGGGAAAGUGGGCUCUGGUUCAAGGGUCGGUUUUCAUUGGAGGCGUUUAACAAGUACGAAUCUUUCUUCACUUUUGUUUCAACCGAGAGUGAACACUAUUUCAACUUUUCAGUCGAUGGCCAGGUUUCUGAAACAGUGUUUCCCACGAUGAUGAUAGACCAACAGGGCGUUUUGCAUAUAUACAGGCUUGAGAGAGAGCAAGCCCUUGUCCGUUGUUCUCCUUUCACUCUGACUUUUGAGGUUAUUAGUAAGGAGUGGUAUGGGAAAGAAGAUUUCAGGGAUUGGGUUGGGAAGAAUUCCAGUGAUUGUUAUGGAAACAAAUCCAGGGAUUGUUUGCAGGCUGGUUGCGUAAUCCCGGAUGUGGCAUUUGGGGUCCUGAACUGUUCGUCCGAUCUUUCUCCCUAUUUCGAACAAACACUUAUAGCUUUCCCACGCAAUGGUUAUGUGCUUAGUGAGACUGGUGGAAGGUUCAGUUCAGCUGAUUGCCAGGUUAAAUGUCUCCAAAACUGUUCUUGUCUUGCCUAUGCUUCGACCAAUGUAGAUGGUACGGGCUGCGAGAUUUGGAAUGAUCCCUGCAUGAUCCGGAAUACCGAUGAUCCUACCAACAACAGGUCGGCUUCUCCUACUUCUAGUCCCAGAACUAUAUACGUUCGUGAACAGGAUACGAGAUGUAAUGAAAUAUAUCCGGACCAAGAAUUUGUGGACUUUGUGGUACCCAAAGAGAAAGGAAAUGCGGUGAUUUGGCUAGUUGUUGGGGCGUCACUAUUUCUAUUGAUUCUUGUGGCUUGCUUCGUCAUGUAUCUGAGAACAUAUCAAGUAAAAGUAACCGUUAUAAUUAGCGAGGCAUUCUACUUUUUAUGGGGGAAGAUCAUUCAGCAAAGUAAGGCAGCGUUGUACUUUUUAUGGGGAAAAAUCAUCCCACCAAGUAAGGCCACGUUGAACUUUAUACAGAGAAGAAUCAUCCCACCAAGUAAAGCCUGGUUCUACUUUUUAUGGGAGAAAAUCAUUCCACAAAUUUAUAUAGUGAUUGGUUUCAUACGGAGGAGGCUUCAAACACUGAGGUACGGUUCAACAGUAGACCGUGAACUGUUGCUGCGUGAACUGGGAAUAGAUAGGAGAGGCCGGAACAGGAGAAGUUCAAGGAAGAAUAAUAAUGAACUUCAUAUUUAUAGCUUUGAAAGUGUAGCAUUGGCAACAGAUUACUUCUCUGACGAGAACAAGCUUGGUGAAGGAGGUUUUGGUCCUGUGUAUAAGGGGAUGUUAGUAAAUGGGGAAGAAGUGGCUAUCAAGAGACUAUCGAUAGCAUCGGGGCAAGGGUUAGUGGAGUUCAAGAACGAGGCCAUGCUUAUUGCAAAACUACAACACACAAAUCUUGUGCAGUUGCUAGGAUGCUGCAUUGAGAAGGAUGAGAAAAUGUUGAUUUAUGAAUACAUGCCCAACAAGAGCCUUGAUUACUUCCUCUUUGAUCCACUGAGGAAAAAUGUUCUAGAUUGGAGGCUGCGGUUUAGGAUCAUGGAAGGGAUAAUUCAAGGGCUAUUGUACCUUCACAAGUACUCGAGAUUGAAAGUGAUACACAGAGACAUCAAAGCCAGCAACAUUCUGCUGGACGAGGAAAUGAAUCCCAAAAUAGCUGAUUUUGGGAUGGCUCGGAUAUUUGGAGCAGAAGAGUCCAAAGCCAACACCAAAAGAGUUGCUGGCACUUUUGGCUAUAUGCCUCCAGAGUACUUCAAAGAAGGACUAUUCUCGGCUAAAUCAGAUGUGUUCAGCUUCGGGGUUCUGAUGCUUGAAAUUAUUUGUGGAAGGAAGAACAGUAGCUUCCAGCAUGACUCAGAAGGACCUCUCAUUCUCAUUGUUAAUGCGUGGAAUCUUUUCAAAGAGAACCGAAUCCGCGAGGUGAUAGAUCCGUCUCUGGGAGAUUCUGCACUUGAGAACCCUCAAGUGUUGAGAUGCGUUCAAGUUGCUCUCUUGUGUGUACAAGAGAACGCAGAGGAUAGACCAAGUAUGUUAGAUGUUGUGUCUAUGAUAUACGGCGACGGCAAUAAUGCUCUUUCUUUGCCUAAAGAGCCAGCUUUCUAUAUGGUCCACGGAGAAGCUUGCCGGAUAUGGAGGUUGAGUCACCGGAGCCGGAAAAUGUAUCAGAGAAUAGUGUUACCAUCACGGUGA